CAAGCCAGAAAGUGAAACUAGGGUCACACUACUGCUGGCUGAUAAAUCUGUGAAUCAUAAUAAAUUAAGAGUAAAGUUUAAUAACAGACACCGACACUAUGGCCGCCACCCUGAAGCCCUACCUGACCGCCGUGCGCCACUCGUUGACGGCGGCCAUGUGCCUGCAGGACUUUCCCUCGCAGGUCGUCGAGCGCCACAACAAGCCGGAGGUGGAAAUCUGUUCCAGCAAAGAACUGGUGCUCACGCCCGUUGUGGUGUCUCGAAAUGAACGGGAGAAGGUUCUGAUUGAGCCCUCCAUUAACUCUGUGCGUGUGAGCAUCGCCGUGAAGCAGGCCGAUGAGAUCGAGCGCAUCCUGUGCCACAAGUUCACCCGAUUCAUGAUGCGACGCGCCGAAUCCUUCAUCAUUCUGCGGCGGAAGCCCAUUGAGGGCUACGACAUUAGCUUCCUAAUCACCAACUUCCACACUGAGCAGAUGUACAAGCAUAAGCUGGUGGACUUUGUUAUUAGCUUCAUGGAGGAGAUCGACAAGGAGAUCAGCGAAAUGAAGCUGGCGGUCAAUGCCAGGGCUCGCACCUGCGCCGAGGAGUUCCUCAAGCGCUUUUAGAUGCACUUAAGGUCGCCCCAGCUUGGGGGCAUGUCGCGAUGUACUAGUAUUUCCAAAUCAUUUAAAAAAUAAAGACGGCUUUUGUAUUAUUUAA